AUGGGCGGCAGCAUAAUAGGUGCUAUCAUCAUCGGCGUCAUCGUCGCAAUCGUUGCAGUCGUCCUUCUCGUACUAUUCAUCAGGCGAAGAAGAAAGGGCAAGAAGGCCAAAUACGAACGUGCUCAGGGAGACGAUACGAGGGAGGUAGCCAACUCCCGUGGCAUCAACGCAACAGCUACAUCGAGAACUGGACGAGCCGGAAGAUCUACUCAUCCUCCCCCUGCGUCAUCAAAUCGCAAUAAUGCAGCUGCAAAUGGCAACGUGGACCGCAACACGUCGGUUCGCUCGGUCAUGACUCUGCCGGCAUACCGCCAGGAUGCUGCACAAAACGAGCAGGUUAUAGGGCGAGAAGGCGAAAGAGAUGGCAUCGAUGUCAUUGUCGACUUACCUACCGAGGAGGAGAUGGAAGCUUUGCGCGACGAAGAGAUGGAGUCCAUGUACCAGAUCCGGCUUGCGCGGCGACAGCUGAUUGAGGAACAACAACAGAGGAGAGUUGAGCGACAAGAAGCCCGGUCACGAGGCGAUGUCACGGCUCUGGCGGAUAUCCGUGCCCGCACACGGGCUGCGAAUAACAGCACCGUUAUUGAUGACCUUCGACGGGAGAUGGAACGGGCCAAGGAGAACAGAAAUCUAUCCGUGUCAAGCGUAUCUUAUGCAGACGUUGGACUGGCUCGCCAUGACGGUACACGAAUCCGUGCCAAUAGCACCGAAAGCGAGCGCAUUGGCCUUCUUUCGGAUGCCGGGAACAUCGCGGUGUCUGAUUUGCGAUUAUCCCAACAACACAGCCGCGUGAUGAGCGAGAGCUCGGUCAUCAGCAUGGAUAGCAACUUUCCCUCACCGGCCCUGACCCGAUCUGCAGAGGCCCCAAGCGAAGCCAGGGCAGGAUCGAGCCCCGAGCUCGUGGAGGCGGAUUUGGGUGACGAAGCUAUGCCACCUCCAGGGUAUGAAGAUGUUUCUCUUGUGGACGACGACGAUUUCCAAGACCGAUCCAUCGUGCCAAUACAUGAACCACCACCAGAUUACCCAGGACAUCAUCGAUCAGAGUCGCAAAGGAGCCGGCGGAAUGAGACAUCGCCGUCUCUUGAGUCGGCCUCCAGCCAAAACAGUUCGACAGAGCAUGACGAACGACGGAUCAGCCGCGGCGUUGGUGGUGUACCCCAACUACCCAGCCUGCGAAUCAGGGACCUUCCUCCGAUUACGGUUGAACCGCCAAGCGCACGGCCACCAGAGCGUGAAGGCGCCGAGGAGGCCGAGCUGAGCCCAUUGUAA